AUGGCUGCUGCGACAAAUCGCUUUAGAGCUCUGUGCUAUUCCUCAAGGGCCGCGGUCCCUCAAUCAGGGAGCGUUCCUUACCUCAGCUAUCGUGGUUACGCAACUACAGAUCCCUCGUCCGCCACCGGCGGAGCUUCGACAGCAACUGCGAGGAAACGGACAACAUUCACGGACAAGCUAAAUACCGGUCCCUCGUUUACAGACUUUGUUGGUGGCGGAAGCGAUAAUGCUACCCUUGAUCCCUCUGAAGCGUACGCUCUCAAAACCGCUCUCGUCGGACCAGCCGGCCGCAAGAAGGAAAUGACCCGGUUACCGUCGUGGCUGAAAACACCGAUUCCCGAUUCAAAGAACUACCAGCGCCUUAAGAAAGAUCUCCGAGGUCUCAAUCUGCACACCGUGUGCGAGGAGGCGCGAUGCCCGAAUAUCUCCGACUGCUGGGGCGGCGGCGACAAGUCCUCCGCUACUGCAACGAUCAUGCUUAUGGGUGAUACGUGCACGCGAGGUUGCCGGUUUUGCAGCGUGAAGACUUCGCGUGCCCCGCCACCGCUUGACCCUCACGAGCCGGAAAAUACAGCGGAGGCCAUCUCUAGAUGGGGAUUGGGGUAUGUUGUCUUGACAACUGUCGACCGCGAUGAUCUUGUCGAUGGUGGUGCCCGCCACUUCGCUGAGACGGUGAUCAAGAUUAAACAGAAGGCCCCCAACAUCUUGGUGGAGUGCUUGACUGGUGACUAUCGUGGGGAUGCGGAGAUGGUUGCCAUUAUGGCUCGGUCUGGCUUGGAUGUGUACGCCCACAACGUUGAGACUGUUGAAGCCUUGACGCCAUUCGUCCGUGAUCGCCGAGCCACGUUCCAGCAAUCAAUUCGUGUCUUAGACGCCGCUAAGAAGGCCAAGCCAUCACUCAUCACAAAAACGUCGCUCAUGCUGGGUCUUGGAGAGACCGAAGAGCAGCUCUGGGAUGCGUUGCGCCAGCUGCGAGCUGUCAACGUUGACGUCGUCACGUUUGGUCAGUAUAUGCGCCCAACAAAGCGUCAUAUGGCCGUGCAUGAAUACGUGACCCCAGCCCAAUUCGAACUCUGGCGCCAACGUGCUCUCGACAUGGGUUUCCUCUACUGUGCGUCCGGCCCUCUGGUUCGGAGUAGCUACAAGGCUGGAGAGGCUUUUAUCGAGAACGUCCUGAAAAAGAGACAAGCUGGGAAUCCCGAGGGGGCUGUCAGCGAUAACACCGUCUCAGCUGACGAAGCGCGGUAG